UAAUCCCCUUCAUUGAGUGGUAUAUCCCGAUGAAAGUCUCACGAGAACUGCUCGAGAUUUAGAGACACAUCAGCACUCAGCACGGAAGAGCUCGGGACAUUUGCCCACAUUUCCCCUCCAAAACUGAUAACAAUGGACGCCAUUAAAGAGAGAUUGAACGCCAUACCGAGUCAUAUGGACUACAAAGGACAGAAGCUAGCUGAGCAGAUAUUUCAGAUCAUCAUCAUUGUAUUUGCAGUGGUAGGGUUUGCCUGGGGAUAUGUGUGUGAGCAGUUUGUGCAGACAGUGUACAUCUUAGUGGCAGGAUUCAUCCUCUCAUGUUUGUUGACACUUCCUCCAUGGCCUAUCUACCGAAGGCACCCACUACCUUGGCAGAAACCUCGGGAUGACAGCAAGGAGAUACCACAGAAGGAAAGCAAGAAAGCAGGGGGGAAGAAGAAAGAAAAGUCCAAGUAAUGUGUUUGAUAUCAAACCUGGCCAAAGUUUAAAGCAAUUUAUUCAUUCCAAGUCUGAAUCACUGCAUAAAAACAUGUGCUUUUCUACAUUGUAUUGCAAUGUAUAAUUGUAAAGUUUCCCAAAGGAGGCAAUGCAUUUAAGCUGUACACAUUUUAAUUUUAUUCUCUUUAAGUAGUAUUCCAAGUUAUUGAUAUAUUUUGGUUCUUUACUUAUGGUCAAUAUUGCACUACCAAAUAACUAUCAUAUAGAAGAAAACAAAAACUGCUGACUUGUGUAUCUAAUGUAUAAAAGAUGCCCCCUAGAUCUAUUCUUGCCUACUGCAGUAUAUGGACGAAUAUUGUAUUGGUAUUAUAUUCUUAAUUUACAGUCAAUAAAUGAACUGUGCAGACAUACAUACAGUAGAAGCAAAAGAAAUCUCUCA